UUCUUCUACCAGUGCUCUGAUUAAAUGUUAUUGACUAUUAAACUGAAAAUGAAUAAUUUGAAGUGUGGCUGGAACAAAUUAUUUUAAUUUUUAUUAUUUUGCAUGAGAAAACGUUUUUUUCCAAUACAAAUUCUUAAGCUACAACCCUGGUGGAACAGACUGCAUUUGUGGUGGGAGGUUCUACUGUAAAUAUUUAGAUUUUUUUUUAUUGAAGUGUAGUUUGAAGGUUAAAUAAAACUGCCAUAUUGUUAUGGUCUUGUUUGUUAAAGAACGUUUCAGUCUCUGUGAUAACUUGCCACUUUGCUAAUUUGUACCCCAUAUUUUACAUGUGAAUUGCCAUUUUCACCAUACUUACUUCCAUUUCACAUGCAUAAACACAAGUCUUAAUAAUAACAAUGUAUUUUUUAUGAACCUGAUGGGUAAAUAAUCAUAAAAAUGCUAAAAUCUCAGGAAGCUUAAUUAAAGUACGCAUUAUUUCCAUUUUUUUCAUUCACACAGUAAUAAAUAUGAAUAGUUUAUGAAACUAGUAAUACAAACCAUGAAAAGGAGCAAAAAGUAUUCAUUUAUGUCUGUAAAACAAUGGCUGCCUUAGUACCAAUAGUUUGCUCUGUCACAGUCAAAGCUGAAAUCUCAAAACAACUUCAAACUCUUCCUUUCCAAAUCUUAAAGAUAAGCGGCUUCAACUUUCUUUUGCACCUUGUUAUAGUUCCCUUCAUAAACUCUGCCAAUUUCCAGAUAUUUAGCAUAAACUCAGAAUCCAGGUACCACCAGAGACUGAAGCCAGGGGCCAAUUCUCAGAAGUUGCCUUCACUUCAGAACGAAGGCUUUGACAGAAAGGUCAGGCCACCUUCAGCUAUUGAAAAUCAUUUGUUGCAAAAGAUCAUGACAUUAAAGUUAUGAGCUGAGAGGCCAUAGGAAAGCAACGGCACCGAAGACGAGAAAAAGCUGUGGUGGCAAAGAUGAACGAAUGGUGGGAGGAGAGAUUGACACCUGAUGAGUGAGAACAAUGGAUGGGCGUCACCUGACGAUACAUCAGUCAGAGACUGAAUAUGGAGAUGAUAUUGCUGCUGUUACAUAUUUAUCCAUGAUUCUGUUGCCAAACAUUAUGACUACUACCUUAUAUAUAUCAUAUAGCACACUGAAAAAACUGUGAUCAGGAUUAAUUAAUAUUUACUAAAUAAAUAAGAGCAAACUAUACAUAAUAAAAAAGACUUUGUGCAGUUUGGAAUCUCACUGAGCUGAAUUAACCAAAUUUGCUUACUUUUUUAAUUGCAUUUUACUCUGUAUUAUUUUAAAUAAAAUCAGCAGAAAAACAAUAAGUAGAAUUUAUUUAUUUUCAUUGGUAAAGUCAAAAGUGCAGAAAAUUGAUAAAUUUUACUCAUUGGGAGCCCUUAAUUUUUCCCGCCCAAGGCAUUUUCAUCACAGGAACAUCGAGUCUGCUUGGCAUUUCAUGGACUACCGUUUGCUUAAAGGUAAGACAUGUUUUAAUUGUUCUUAGUUAAACAAUUCAAGUGUCUGUAGCAGUUAAACAUUGUCUUCAGUUACUGCAAAUUACCAAACAUGGCAACUUUACUGUACAGCAAGUCAAUUAAGUUAUAGUGUGAAGGAUUCGAAUUCAGUCUACGUCAUCUUUGAUUUGACUAAAUGCAUUGCAAUGAUUGAAAAAGUAGUCUCAAUGUCACAAUUUAAUGUGACUAACGUAAUACCGUUAUAUAGUGGCCGUAGAAUACAAGCUACUCUUUUAUUUAAUUUAGUUUUUUGGCCUCAGCCCAAACCCCCCUCCCCCACCUUAACAAGCUAGCUAGCAUGUUUGGGCACCAUAAUGGCGGAACAGACGUUGUUUUCAACGAUCCAGGAUGAGUUUCACAGAAUCACAAUGGUGCAUCUUGAAUCAAAGUUCAUGUCCAAACUGGAUGAAUAUACUCCUCGACUUCUGAACCUCUUCCACUCCAAGGGCGGAAGCAUGGGAUUGAGACUGCAGGCUAUCCUACUCAAGACUCCAAGCAAUCCUGACAUCAACAUGACCAGAGAUGUUAUCAUUCGAUGUUUGAUGCUGUACCUUGGGGAAUCUACAGAUCAACUCUUAAAAGAGUACGAUGAUGCUGAUGAAGACAGUGUGUCACAGGACCUUGCUGUUCAAAGCCUGAAGAUCUACAACAUCAAAGCUAACACGUCAGAGGAGCCAGACAUCGGUAUCGUGGUGGACGGCGUGAAAAUUCUAACUGCUCUGGGUAACUUUCCAAGGGCUUGUUCCCUGCUUGUUGGGUUGGCGUAUGCUGUGAAUCUUGCCUAUCCAAAGGAGCUCAGAUACACAUUUGAAGUGUUUCAGAAACUUCUCCUCGGGCUGGAUAGUUCAAAGCUCUCCCCAAAAGUGAACAGCCUCAGGAAUAAACUACUGGCUUAAGAAAACGGACCCUUGCUAAACAAUAGGGAAUAGACAAGUCACUGUGAAAACCAACAUGCAAAACUUUGUGAAAUGCUCUGUGAAGUUAGUUAAAAUUAGGGUAAUUUUCAGUUCAGUGGAUUUCUGCAUGUGUAUUUUUUCUUGCAGUACAUUACAGUUAACCACCCUUUCUAAGGACUGACCCCUUGUUCUCAUAUGUGGUAGUACGGCCUGUUAUAUGGCUUUGGAUCUGUUCAGGUCUGUCACAUGAACCCUUGUCCCUUUUAUACAGCAUAGAGCAUCCACUAUUGCCUUUUUGGAGAGUCCAUGCAGGCUUCACCACUGAAGGGUGAUGAUCUGCAGACUGCAAAACUUUGUUGUGUUUCAUUUGCACUUUAUAUAAUAUGUUUUCGUUCAGUUCUGUCUUUCAACUUAUUUUUCGAAAAGGAAAGUAAGUGUCACGGAGCUAAGGGCCCCAACACAGUGACAAGAUGUAGCAUAAACAUACAAAAAAAGAAAAUUGAAGUUUUUGUGCCUCAAAGGUCUCACCCAUCUCUCACAUCUUGUCAUGUUUUCCCCAGGUAAGUUUUAUGUGCAUACUUGUUUUGUGCUCUGCAUGCCUCUUAAACAUAAAGGGAACUCUUAUGUGAUUGAUAAAUUGUUGAAGCAAGCUUAACUGAGUCCAAGUUGAUUGUUGUUGAUGUGACGGUUCUAAAAAAUCAUGUUAACUAUACUUUGAGCAGAGUGGCACUAUGUUUUUGACUUGAUGCUGAUAAAUAUUGCCCCUUCUCUGUUUUAUUGUUGUAUUUUGGAAUUUUGCACUUGUUGGGUGCUGGAUAAACACGUUUUAUAAAGUUGCACAAAUAAAUGCUGCUGCUGUUUUAUGCAUUGUAAUUUGUUGUUUUUUGAUGCCACUCAAGUUUGGUCAGGAUAUUGUGUAAAUUAGACACAGAAAAAUUAUGGCAACAAAGUGACAUUCAAUAUUAUUGAAUAGAUUUAAAGUCCUAUGAUAGAAAUAAAAACUUAAAUUUUAUCAAUUAUUUUAGCUACAGAUAAAUAAGAACAACAGUGUUAAUGUGUUGAAUUAAGCAAUAAUGUGCUACAAUAUGAGUUGAUAUCAUUUAUAUUAUUUACUUAAUCCAAAUAAUUUUUAUGCUGAUGUUUAGUAAAUCUAAAUCAAUUUCACCCAUUUAAUUAAUAAA